GGCCUUGCAUUGGUGGAUAUGGCAGUCAGUAACUUGAAGCUGCAGUUCGAGCGCCUCUCCACUACAGGUGACAACGAGCCCAAUGCUCCCAGGUCUACAAACCCUAGCUCUACGCCUGAAAGAGCCAAGAGAUAUGGCAGACAAGACCCCAAACAAGAUGCUAAGAUGUCUCCAGGCGUCAUACCAAAGAAGCAGUUGAAACAGAUUGGUAAAGUCAUUAGCAGUCCAAGUGAAAAUAGAAAGAGUAACAUAGACACUAAGAAAGGACCUGGAUUGACAACAAAAACCAAGUCAAUGGAGGAAUCCAGUGACAAGUUGAAACCAGAUCCAGCCACAGUCUCAGCACUAGCCGAUGCAUUUAAGAGUAGAGCAACGGCUUCGUCAUCUUCACCAUCUUCUUCAGCCACCUCUUCACCAUUGACUCAAAGCACUGAAUCUCAUGCCACACCAACUGAAGAGACAUCGCCAUUACGAGCUAGAUCUAGUUCAGCAAAGGAAAGAGAAGCAAAAGGUCGGUCUGCUCCUCUUCCUAUGAUUAUGUCUAAGCAAAGUGAGUCUUCGCCCACCUCAUCUCCAAGAGUUAAACCAAAAUUAGCUCCCAAGCCAGCUUCAGUGUACAAAUCUACAGAAAACAUGACGAAGCCAGCUAUUGCUCCUAAACCGAAAAUCCUUCCAAAACCCGCCGUGGCUAAAAAACCUCCAGUCGUACCCGUCACAUUUCCAGAGCCGUCUUUAUCUAAGAGUACUGAUAGUUCUUUAUCUAAAAGUACUGAGAGUUCAGGCAGCGUUCCACCAGUCAGACAAUCAUCAAGUCCAGAUACUAUCCCAACCAUUGUACCAACUGAUGAUGAUGUUAAGUCUAAUCUAGAGGACUCAUCUGACAGUACGCCUAUCGUAAUAGUUAAUUCAAGCGAAAAAGACUUUAGCAGUAGCGGAGAAGAACAGGUCAUACCAACUAGUCCAACGGGACCAAUACCUCCUGUAUUUAUCAGCGAUGAUGAUGACACUCCUAUCCAUGUACAAUCAGCAGCGACAACUACUACCACGGAUGAAGUGGUGGGUGCUAAUGCGAAGAGAGGGGCAGUUGAUUCUGGGUACCAAGAAGGAAUGGAAGAAAUGAGAGAGAAAUGGGACACUGCUAAGAGAAAUAAAGCACGCGAGAAAAGAAAACAAAUUGCUUUGGAGCUUUUGGAAACAGAAAAAACAUAUGUUGGUCGCAUAAAAAUCAUCGCACAAGACUUUCGUCAAGCAAUACAGUCUAUAAAUGUCAAAUCUUCGAAGCCCGUGGUCCCUGACAGCACAAUUAAUAUUAUUUUCCUUAACAUUGGAGAGAUAUAUAAUCUAAAUAAGCAGCUGCUGGAUGAUAUAGAAAAUAGAAUGGAUAACUGGGCAGAAAAUGAGCAGAUUUGUGAUGUUAUUAGUUCAAUCGCUCCAUUUCUAAAGCUGUAUUCGAUGUAUACUGCUGGUUUUGAAGAUGCUAUGAAGAAACUCACUGUAACUAUGGCAAAAGAAAAGAAGCUUGAUGUAGUUGUAAAAGAAUUUGAAAGAAAUCUUGGGACCGGUUUAGGCGUUGCUCAUUACAUGUUGGAGCCAAUUCAAAGAAUACCAAGAUACAAGCUACUGCUAGAAGCUUAUUUAAAGAAUUUACCAGAUGAUUCAGAAGAACGAUCAUCAGCAACAAAGGCUCUUGAGAUUAUUGGUGAAGCUGCAGAUAGAACUAACAACAGGAUCAAGGAAUUGGAAAACUCAAACGAAAUCCUCGCAAUAGAAAGAACCAUUACAGAUUAUGAAGGGACUCUGCUAUUGGCUCACAGAAGAUUCAUUAAGAAAGGGAUGCUCCAGAAGUCGUCAAGAAAGGCUCAAACCCCACGGAUGUUUUUUUUGUUCUCAGACAUAUUGUUGCACACUGAACCAACCGGCCCGUCAACAUACAAAUUCAAGAACGAGAUGAAACUCUGUUCUGUAAGAGUAGAAAUACCCAAAGUCUCUCUUGUCCCUUUCUCCUUUGAGCUACUCAGUACCAAUAGAUCAUUCAUUCUCUCUGCAAGGUCAGAAGAGGAAAUGGUUGAAUGGAUGACCACCCUGGCAGGGGCUAUUAGGAAUGAUAAAGAAAAGAUGAAAUCCUUAAAAAGAGGAGAACAAUUGUUGACACUCGAUCGGUCAGGUUUUGGUAGCUCUGCCCCCAUACUGGUACCUGAUCAAAGUGUCAGCAUGUGUCAGAUAUGCUCCAAGGAGUUCACAUUCACAUUUAGAAGACACCAUUGCCGGGCUUGUGGCAGAGUUGUGUGUGGUAACUGCUCUCCAUACAAAGCUUACCUUGCUUACAUGAACAAAGAAGAGCGGAUCUGCUCUGUUUGUAAUCAUCAUCAAAAGAGGCAGCACUCUUCUCAAGGAGGAGGAGAUGAGAUUGAUGGUGAUGUCCAAUCACCUGCUGAGUUAUCCCGCCCUAAUAUUCCAUCAGUCUUAAUACUUGAUCACGAGAAAGAGGCAAUUAUUGGAGGGUAUGUUCUGGAACAAGAUGGAAAGAAGUGGAAUAGAUGCUGGUAUGUGGUAGGCAAAGACCUGGCACUCUACAAGUUUAAAGCUCAUGAGGAUAUUAAAGCAAAUGAAACAGUCCCACUACCUGGUUACCGUGUGACUAGUGAUAGAGCUUCCAUGACGAUUAACCUUAUCCAUCAUCAAGCAAAGAAGAAACUUAACCUUUCAUUCAAAACAGAAAAUCUUGCCGACUUUGAAACGUGGGUUGAAGUAGUUGAAAAGGCAGCACAGAUGGAGGUAUGUGAAGUACCAGUCAAUCAAGACAAUCGUAUGUCAGUCUCUUAUGGAAGCAAGAACAGGGUCCGCUCUAAAAGUCUUCAAGAUAUUGUUGAUUCUGAAGAACCCGUACCAGCUCCAUUGACACCCCAAAGCACCAGAGUGAAUAAAACACUUUUGUAUUAACUAUUUGUCAUUUGUAGCGAUAGUGAUUGUAUAAUGAUGUUGUUUGUGUGUGUGUGUGUGUGUACUGUUGCUUGAGUUAUGUUUCACUAUAGAUGUAUUCGUAUCUCUGUAUGUGUGUGUGUGUGUAUGUGUGGAUUCUUUUUAUAUCAUACUGUCCAAGUUUUGUAGUGUUCAAGCAUUUAUAGAAGCUUUUAUCACUGGUCAUUAUUAACUAUGAUAUUAUACAUACAUAUUACUGAUUAUUUUAUUAAUUUUGUAUUAUAA